GUUUUUCCCCAUUCCUAUUUAUUUUCGUAUCUACUGCUAAACACACUAAAAGCAAAUAACCAAUACCAAUUGAUUUUAAUUCCCUCACACGAUUCUAUUAUACUGCAAUAACAAUUGCAGCAUUAUUCAAGUCCAAAAGUGCGGUUCAUAAUGGCCUGAAAAUAUCCUACCCACUUGCCAGUACAACAGGUCCAUGGAAAUAGAUGAGCUAUAAGCACUGUUUAUCAAUCGGUUUGUUAUUAAUUAGGGCCUUGCUGCUGUUGUCUUCUUGUUCGGACUCCGGGUGGUGGAAAUUGAAUUUGACAGGUCUCUGGAAUCUUUUCCACCAGCAUGGUGCCAAUGCCCUUUCUCAGCUCCAGGCUGAACCCUGCAUUGUUUUGAUGUGCCGGUAAGACAGGCCAGUAGCCGUCAGAGCUGGAGACAGCGCUGCUUCUGAAGCUCCUGCACUUGAGCCAUGGGCUCUAGCAUUCUGGAACUCUGGAACUCUGGAACUCUCAGUGCAACACCUGUGCUCUGGGGAUUAUGCUCAAGACCCGCUGUGCUGGAGAUGGUUCUCUUCCUCCAUCGACACUGCGAGCCUGCCCAACUCAUCGUCUCGAAUCUUGAGCGGCAGAAGGCCCGCAAGCCCGGAUUUCAGCCGGCACCACAACAUGCCGCAUUGGGCUAGCGCUGGCUCGCUAGAUCCGCGCAGAGUCGGGUUCAUGCGCGUGUCGUCUAAUGCCG